AUGUAUGAAGAUCAGGUAAAUAGUUGUCUUAACCAUAAGCGAUCCAUGUGUUUUGAUUCCUCGACCACAAUCCACUGGGGACCUCAGCAGGAACAUAAGAAGACUAGCACGCACCACCAGAAUAGCGGGAGCGCUAGCUACCCGGCCAGAGUUCAAAUUCUUGGGACGCGGAAAACAGAAAGUAGAUUACUUGCGCCGUUUAUUGAAGAUUGGUAUUUGACAUGGCAUAAAUUUCUGUCAGAAAACAUCCAUCCAUGUGGAGUUACAGGUAACCACGAAUCUGCUUUAUGCAACCAUACUCUUCUAUACCUUCAUCCGAGCACAUAA